GCUCAGGCACCAAUGCUAGGUGGGCUGACGCUAAAUAUGCUAUGCUUCGAUCCAAAGCACCAAGGCCUGCACGCAAUUGAGGCCUGCAUUGGACCAAAGGGGGCAUAUGAUCCUAGCGUUUACACAUACGUACUCCGGGUCGCCUUCUGAUGCCGUCAGCUCGGAGAUGUCUGAAUGGAGAGCUUCAUCGUAGGAAAGAAACCUCUUACAGUGCGCCGGACUGGCUUCAUCGAACAACCUCUGAAGCUUGAGGCCAAAAGAGUCCAAGACCCGAACCGGGGCCAAAAGUGGAGUUCCACCGGACAACCAACCAAUCAAAACCCCCAUUAUAAUAUUUUUUCUCUGGCUGCUGCUCCCACCUCCUGCGACCAGCGACUCUCUCUCAACGUUGCCCGCAUCAUCACUGGCAACAGCAAACCGCUCGACCACCAUCCUCCACGUUCGCUGCCGCUCUCCGCAGCAAUCGCAUGGUACUAUCUUUGA